AUGGGCAAUGACGGCAGCCCUACUGGCUGCGGGCUACUCCGGAACGACUCAGUCUCAAUUACCAGCGAGACGGCGAACGGCGUUAGACAGAUCACGAGCGACACUACCUCCGUCAAUUACGCCGCGAUUGUAUCAAAGGAGUGUGUCUGGACUAAGGCCGUGCAGCGGAACAUCUCAAGAGAUUGCUUCGAUACACUGAAGGAUGAUGGCACAAGUACAAUACCCGGUCAUUUAGAAGCAGGCGGCAUUGCCAACCAUCACGGUCAUGCCACUAAGAGCCAAGUUGACUGGGCCAUGACGGCGACGGUCAUUCAUGGAGCGUGGGCACUCGUGAUGGCACGCAAAACAAGCUCAAACCACGCUACCUACGCCGUCAACCUUGCCGCAGAGUCUUCCGAACCUGCGACUCAGGAAUCAAGAGGUAAAUUGGUGUCGAAGCCGGUUCGCAUUGAGCUGUCCUACAACCAGAAUAUUUCUGCAUAUUUACAGUCAGUGCAGCGGCAGGUCCUGCAUGCUCAAUCAUGUCGAGAUGAAAAAAGCGAGGUCGGUGAUGCGUCUCCGUAUCCGGCGAGAGCAGGCAACUUCCGAACCCUCCUUAUCUUACAGAAGCAUGACAGCGGCACAACACAGCAGGAUCGCCAGCAAAUGCUAAAAAACUUUGGCUUGGUACUUCACGUUUAUAUAUCGGCGAAGAAGAUUUCCAUGUCAGCUUUUUUCGACUCAAGGAUAACAGAGUCGUCCGUCGCCAACUCGUACCUGAGCCGACUGGACCGCGUGGCAUCGCAGCUCUGUCAGCCACACGAUGAUCGACUGUUGGCAGAAAUUGAGAUUGUCACGCCAUCUGAAUUGAAGCUGCUCUGGGAUUGGAAUGCUACAGUGCCGGUUUCAGUUCAGCGAUGCGUCCACACAAUCGUUGAAGACAAGGCUCGAGAGCAGCCCACAGCCAUGGCGGUGUGCGCGUGGGACGGCAACUUGACAUACAAGACGCUGGAUCAGCUUGCAACGGCAUUGGCUGCCCAGCUAUCCAGGCGCGGCGUCGAUUCCGACAGCUUGGUACCAUUGUGCUUUCACAAGUCCAAAUGGGCUGCGGUCGCCAUUCUGGCCGUUCUCAAGGCAGGCGGUGCCUUUGUUUUACUCGACCCGUCGCUUCCAGAACAGCGUCUGCAGGCCAUCGUUCGGCAACUCACCGCCAAGCUCAUCGUAUCCUCCGAGUCCAACCAUCUUUUGAGCUCGAAAUUGGUUACCACGGCGAAAUCCGUCGUUAUCGUCGACCCUGAUUCAAUGUUGGAAUUUGAUGGCGGAGACAACCCGGAGUACAGAGGAGCCUCUCCCUCGUCUACUUGCUAUGUUGUUUUCACAUCCGGUAGCACGGGUACGCCAAAGGGCAUCAUGAUAACCCACGAGAAUGCCUCUUCGGCCCUCCAUCAUCACGUGCAGCGUCUGGAACUUACAGCGGAAACAAGAAUAUUUGACUUCGCAUCAUACAGCACCGACGUGUCAAUCAGCAAUCUCUUCCUUGUUUGGGCAGCAGGGGGUUGUCUUUGCGUCCCGACGGAGUCGGAUCGAAACAACAACCCUGAGCAGAGUAUAAUUGAUCUGCGUGCAAACACGAUUGACAUGACUCCCUCACUGGCUCGGCUACUGUCACCGGCUAGUAUACCGGAGGUGACGCUCAUCAUUUUCGGCGGCGAAGCCUUAAGACUCGGAGACGUGGAGCGCUGGUGGGGACGAGCACGAAUAAUCCACGAAUAUGGCUCAAGCGAGUGUACGCAGAAUAGCACAAUGAAUUGCAAGGCUGCGAGUCUGGAAGAGGUGGUCCGGAUUGGCACGGGUGCAGGGCUGGUCACUUGGGUCGUAGACCCGGAAAACCACAACAUCUUGCUCCCACCCGGAAGCAUUGGUGAGCUGCUACUGGAGGGACCUCUUGUUGGUCGCGGCUAUCUGAACGACCCCGACAAAACCGCAGCCGCGUUUAUAAAAUCCCCAGCCUGGCUACUCCGUGGCGGGGCCGGUCACGCUGGGCGCCGCGGGCGACUGUACAAGUCCGGCGACCUGGUGCGAUAUAACGAGGAUGGAAGCUUGACAUUUAUUGACCGCAAGGAAGGUCAAGUCAAGGUCCGUGGCCAGAGAGUCGACCUGGGUGAAGUUGAGCACUGGGUGCGUGCUUGUGUACCUGGGACAACCGAAGUGGUGGCCGAGGCUGUUUUGCCUCGGGGCGAGCAUGCAUGUUCGACGCUGGUGGUAUUUCUCCAAGCCAACGAAGGGCUCAUGGACCUGUGUCAGUGUAGCACAUCCGCUGCCAAGAUAGUCCCUCUUCCUGCCGAGGUGGAAGAAAAGUUGGCUCAAAACUUGCCGAGCUACAUGAUACCUGCCGCGUUCUUGCUCAUGGAUGAGCUACCCAAAACAGCAACUGGCAAAAUGCACCGAUGUCGUCUGCGCGAAGUUGGUUCGGCCUUUUCUGUAAAGCAAUUGGCCGAGUCACGGACAACUGAACAAUCUCUGAAGCAGCAGCCCACUUCCAACGCCGAGUAUUGCAUGCAAGCCAUUUGGGCUCGUGUGCUUGGCAUUGAUGCAUCGAAUAUUGGACUUGGAGACAGUUUCUUCCACCUAGGAGGGGAUUCCAUUGCAGCGAUGAGGGUUGUCACAGAGUCUCGAAAGGCAGGUCUCUGCGUCGCGGUCGCCGACAUAUUCCGCCAUCGUCGGCUGCAGCAGGUGGCAGCCAGCGCGGUUCCAUUGGCCGAGAUGGUUAGCAGGGAUAUUCCAACGCGCAAAGAUCCGGGCCCCGUUCAGCAAAAUCUGGAUCAAGAACGAAUAUGGCUAGAGGAACAACGCUGUCCGGGGUCGGCAUACUACCUGAAGCCAUACGCAGUGCGACUGCAAGGACCACUUCAGCUCCCGGCGCUCAACACUGCACUAAUGGCGUUGGAAAUGCGUCACGAAACGCUACGAACCACUUUCGCGACUCAUGGCCGUGUUCAUGUGCAGCAGGUGCAGCCGUUUCAGGCAAGGGCGCUUUCUGUUUUCGACCUCUCCUCCGAAGCCGACGGUGGAUGCAGUCUCGAAAAUGCGUUACAUAGGGAUCAUACAACCUCGUUUCGUCUGGGAACAGAGCGAGCUUGGAGAUUAUCUGUGUAUCGUUGUGGUAAAGACGAUCAUGUGCUGUCUAUUGUCAUGCACAACCUCAUCGCGGACGGUUGGUCGGUUGGUGUUCUCAGCCGAGAGCUGGCGACAUGCUAUUCUGCCGCGAUCCGUAGUCUGGACCCCCUCGCGCAGUUGGAGCCAUUGCCAAUACAAUAUAGUGAUUACUCCGCUUGGCAGAGACAACAGGCUCAGACUGCGGAGUAUCAGCGACAGCUCGACUACUGGACUAGUUGCAUCGAAGCAAGCCGUCCAGCGGAGCUGUUACGCGAUAGACCACGGCCUGCCAUCCCAUCUGGCUGUGCAGAGGUAGAGGGGUUCAAGAUAGAUGAUGCUCUGUAUGACCGCCUGCAGCAAUUCUGCAAAGAAAGAGAAGUCACGCUGUCUGUUGUCAUGCUCUCUGUGCUGGCCGCGACAAAUUAUCGCCUCACCGGAGUCAACGACGCAGUAGUAGGAGUACCAAGCGCGAGCCGUGACCGCUGGGAGCUGCGAAACCUCAUAGGAGUAUUCGUGAAUGUCCACUGUAUUCGAACCAAGGUGGAAAAUGAGACGUUUGGUAGCUUGGUCCAACAGGUUCAAGCGACAAUCAGCACCGCUUUUGCAAACCAAGACGUCCCGUGGGCGGAAAUCGCCUCGAAGCUACAACGUGACAAGGAAAAGCCUUGCCAACGGCCUUUCCAGAUGGUGUUUGCAUUCAACAAUGCCCAGGAUCUGGCCGAGUUCACACUUGAGGGCGUCAAGUCGCAACAUUUGGAUACAAUACUGACCACGAGGGAUGAUCUUGAGUUUUACGUCAACCAAAAGGAGGAUGGCCUCCAAGUCCAGGUUUAUUUCGCGACUGAUCUCUACGAACGAGCGACUGUCAGUAAUAUGCUGAGCGUCUUUCGGAAUGUACUGGAGCAAGGUCUCAAUGACCCGAGCUCACGAUUUCAUUCUACUCAGUUAGCGUCGGACUCUGGAACUGCUUAA